ACUCAACAAGCUAUCUGUGGAUUAAUUCAUGCAUUUUUUGAGAAGUAGAAAAUGCAGUCCAUAGAGGGGUCCUCCCCUGCUGGCUGCUCAGCUUUGCACUUCUUCUAACAACUUCUACCAGCCUACGUCGAAAUCAAGCUCAUUGGAGCAGCGUGUCCGCAAGAGAAUGAUAGCUGGUGACUAACAGUGUUCUGCUCCAAAUAAAGCAGAAUCAGAAGACCCAAACCGGCUCCAGCAUGACGGGGGAGAUCGGAGGCCCUUCUGGGCCGCCGCUCAAACUCUCUUGUCCGGGAGAGGAAGAGGAGGUCAAGGAGGAGGAGGACGAAGAGGAGAAGGGCAAGAGGUAUUGCCAAGUCCCAGGUGACAAAGUUAAACACCUGCAGGAGGACACCGAAUCCUUGGACAAUCUUGCAGAAAGUGAAAUGUGCACCCCGCAGUGUCGGAUCUGCUUCCAGGGCCCAGACAAGGGAGAACUAUUGAGCCCCUGCCGCUGUGAUGGCUCUGUGCGCUACUCUCACCAGUCUUGCCUUGUCCGCUGGAUCGGGGAAACAGGCUCCUGGAACUGUGAGAUCUGCCGCUUUAAGUACCGAGUUCAUUCCGUUUGCACCAAGAACCCACUGAAGUGGCAAUCCAUCUCUCUGACCUUGAUUGAAAAGGUACAGAUUUCAGCCAUUAUCCUGGGCUUGAUGUUCCUCAUAGCUAGUUUGGGUUGGCUUAUAUGGUCAAUUGUCAGCCCCUUUGCAGAAUUCCAGCGUAAUAAUUAUAUCUUUCAGAUAUUAUACGGCAUGUACGUCUUCAUGGACUUCGUUUGUAUAGGACUUCUAAUCCAAGAAGGACCGUCUGUCUACCGGAUCAUAAGGCGCUGGCAUACAAUGAACAAAAAGUGGAGAGUACUAAAUUAUGACAAAACAAAAGACUUGACCAGUUCUAGAAAGAAACACCCCCGUGAUGUGCAAAGUGACACUGCGGAAGUUCCACACAACGGGCAGGAGCCGAGACGGUCUUGUAUUACCUUCUACGUUUGCAAUAUUAUUCUGAGCAUCCGCAACAGGCUAAGAAGGCCCAACAACAACAACCGUGCCGACAACCAUGAGGCCGUCAUGAGGGUGACCACUGUAUAGCAGGGUCAGAAGCAGAGUUGAACUUCAAUCCAACCCACAC